AGCUUUCAGUCGUGUUUGUAAUACUUCCUGAUAAAGCAGCGUCAGUCGCCGAAAAAUGCUUUAAUAGAAUAUCAGCUUUAGAUGAAUCAGCAGUGCUUUUCAUUCAGUGGUAGACCUGCGUUGCCAAGCAGCUUCCGCUCUUCCGUUAACCCCAUUCAGUGAAAUCUUUUCAACAGAUUCUUUUAUUUGCCGUCGCUCCUAGUGCUCUCUUCAGUGAACGAGGCUACGCUGCCUGGGUAUCAUCGUGGAACUAACUGUUAGCAAUAAUAUUUUGCUUAGACUAAAAAAAAUCGAAUUGUUUUAAAACGACGAAGUUUGACCACAUCCUUUGCAACAUCGAUCAUCAUUCGAAUCCAGUGUCGGUAGUAUGGAAACGGAGUUAAAAGUGUUCGUUCGAUGGAUUUCUCUUUUUCUUGUCUUCUCCAUCGAAAUUGGCAAUGUUUGCUGUGCAAACUCUUCCAAGGAAUUCCCUGAAGAUAGUUUACCAUUUACCUUUCCAAGUUUUGAUUUUCUUCACCCAUUAGAUAACGUUGAUACCGCGCCGUCCAAUGAAUGCGGGAUCAGCAAGUUCUACAGGCAACGACGACCACGCGACAUUGAAGAUGGUGUUAGCUAUAUAGGCCCAAGGCAUAAAAAUUACUUGCUUAAAUCGAUAUUUAAAAAAAUAAGUAAUAAACACGACGAACAAUUUGAAAGGGAGACACAAAAUGCCCGCAUCAUUAACGGGAAACAGAGCAAACCAGGUGCAUGGCCUUGGCAAGUGUCUUUGCAACUACUACAUCCUAAAUUGGGCUUUGUUGGGCAUUGGUGUGGAGGUGUCUUACUAAAUGGAUUGAAUGGAGAUUAUUGGGUCUUGACAGCAGCACACUGCAUUUCCAAUGACGCAUUCAAUUUUCCGUUCAGUCCUCUGUGGACAGCUGUUGUGGGCGAGCAUGACCGGGCGACGGAGGAUGGCUUCGAACAAAGAAUUAUGAUAGACAAAAUUUAUCUCCACGAAAGAUUCAAAGAAUAUCAUCAUGACAUUGCUUUAAUGAAAUUACAAAAGUCAGAAAGUUUGCAAAAUGCCACUGAUCGUGUUCGUCCAAUUUGCUUACCAACAGAAGAUAAUGUUGACACGUUCCAAGGAGUAAGAUGUAUAGCCACAGGAUGGGGACAAUCGAAAAAAGGGAAUAAAUUAGAGAAUAUUCUUCAUCAAACUGAGUUGCCGGUGGUAGACAACUCACACUGUAAACAAGUGUACGGGACUAUUUACAACAUACCAAUAAACGAUUACCAUCUUUGUGCCGGACCUAUAACAGAUGGAGCUUCGGGAACCUGCGUGGGAGAUUCGGGCGGACCAUUACAAUGCAGCUUACUUGAUGGACGAUGGUAUCUUGCUGGCAUUACGUCAUUCGGUUCAGGAUGUGCUAAACCUGGAUUUCCGGAUGUUUUUACUAGGAUUACGUAUUACCUUCCCUGGAUUCGUGGAAAACUUCGUUCAGGUGGAGAAGGCUUCCACGAUGUUUAGAACACCUGCUCCGGGUUAACAUUUUACUCGAAAGUCAUGUUUUUUUUUUUUCGUUAAUCGUUGGGAUUCAAAAACAAAGGGAUGAGAAUGCAGUAUUUCCUAUAUACAUUCAAAUCAAUCAGUUAUGUGUACUUGUUUCAAUAAAUGUAAAAAUUACCCCUUAA